AUGAGCGCGUAUGCGGCGAGCCUUCAAAAGCUCAUCGUCGCGUUAAUUCUCAUUUAUGCGAUAAGAGGUAACGAACCUCGCAUUCGAUUGCGACGAGAAAUUGGUGGAUCGCAAAGUUUGCUAACCGUUGAAUGGGAGGGUAUUCAAACCGGUGAUCAUCCGGAUGAUAGUGUUGGAGGAUUUGCGGUAGAAUAUCGUGCCGAAAAAGACACACAAUGGCAUGUUCAUGAUGGUAUAAUUCCUUAUAAAGGACCUAAUUUACAGUAUAGAGUGCAGAUUCCUCGUCUACCAACUGGUAUAGCUUACUUUGUACGUAUCAAAGUAUUAGGUAAAAAUGGUAAAAUUCUGGUUGAGACGCCAGAAAUACGCGCACGUAAUGAAAUGGUUAGCAUUAAAUGUGAAUCAGAUGAAUUGACAGCUCCACGAAAUCUCGAGGUGACACAAACAGGUCAAUACAGUAUUGCAAUAGCAUGGGAACCUCCAGAAUGUGGCUCUGUUGGCGAAUAUCACAUUGAGCUAGCUGGUAUUGAGAUGAAAUUUGACGUUCAUCGCCAAACAGUAACGCAUCCGUCAGUUAGUGUUACCAGUCUUUUACCCGGAACGGAAUAUCAAGUUCGGGUUCGAGCCGCUGAUCGUUUACGCAUGUUGGGUCCAUGGAAUGAUUACUUACUUGUAGCAAAAACUGAAGGAGAAGCUCCGAAUGAAUCAGAUGAAAUAGAAAUCGAUUAUCGAACAGAUUCAGAAUUACGCAUUAGUUGGCAACCAUAUGACGAUGAAAGAUUACAACACUAUGAGGUAACAGCGGUUGAAGUGGAUGGUGAGAGUCAAGCGGUUGAACGAGCACGUGUAAGUCCCCUGGCUAGCAGUCAUAUUUUUGUUAGGUUAAAACCUGAUACCCAAUAUGAUAUAGGUGUAGUAGCAUUUGUGGAUCAUGAACCUAAACUAGUUUACAAACUACCUGCUAAAACGGUAGCUGAUCCGGGUGUAGCAUGGAAAGAGAAACCAAUGGUUACGCAAGAAAAUGCACAACAAUUUGCGGUACAAUGGAAGAAACCAUCACUACCUGAUCAAAUUAUUUCCAAAUUUAUCGUUGAAUAUCGUCUACCAAAUGAAACUGAAUGGCGCAAAUAUGAUGAUUUAAUGAUAGAGGAAGAGACAGAUGAUUAUCAUAUUCAAUUUGAUGGAAUGUAUGAUGGUUCAUUGUAUUCAUUUCGUAUUUUAGCAGUGGAUGAUCAACUUAAAGUAGCUGCUAAAACAACUGAGAUUACGGUUGGAUCAGCAGCGUCUAGCUCCUGCGUUGGUGACGCUGGUAUCCCGCAAAACGUACGUACCAGCGCCGUAUCUGAAGCAACUCUUCAGUUUACGUGGGAGAAGCCACGUUGUGAUGAAACAUUUGGACCAAUUGAUGGUUAUGAAUAUACGUUUUGGAGUAUAGAAACAGAUAUGCAACCUGAAACCGCAUCAUAUGUUGGACGGAAUACCAUAGAAUUGGAUGACUUAAAACCGGCUACACGUUAUGCAUUCCGAGUUCGUUCACGUGCUGGACACGGACAUAGUUCAUGGAGUGAGAUUGUGAAUGCUGAAACAGAAGCACAUUCAGGAUCAAAAGUAUCCACCAGUAAUGGCAAUUCUCGUCGAUAUCACUAUCAAUCACAAUUAACCACAAAUAACCCAUUAUCAUUUCAUUCAAUGUUACACGAAGUACCAACAUUUGCACUUCUUCGACGUUUUAAACGGCAACAAAAAAAUCAAAUUACAGAUGAUCAUAAUAUCUAUCAACUUCGUAUCAUUUUGGCACCACCAAAAUCAUACCUAGCUUGGACACCAUUACCUGAACAUGCUGAAGAAAUUGUUAAAUUCAAAUUAUCAUAUAAAAAGAGUGCUGGUGAUCAAUGGACACGUAUCAUCGAAAUACCGGAAUAUUUCAAAUGUCCAGAAGGAAUUGCUGAUCCGGAAGAUUAUUGCUAUGAUUUAUCCAAACUUUCAUUCGGUAUACAAUACACUGCUGAUUUAAUAUAUGAAAUAGAAAAUGGUGAAUGGACAGCACAUGGCAGCCCAUUAUUCUUCAUCCUUGUUGAAGCUGGUGACAUACAAAAACCACUUCUUGGUAUUGAUAAACCACGUAUCGAGCAACGUGGAUCACGUAUUCUGCUAUACUGGACCGUCGGCGGUGAUACGUCAAAUGUAAUAGCAUAUCAGAUUGAUCUUCGUUCAGAUUCAGAUAAUGAAUGGAAAACUAUUGAUGGUUACCUGUCUCAUUCACCGUCAGAAAUUCAUUUUCGACAGGAAUUAAUUAAUUUAGAAACUAAUAAACAUUAUUACGUUAAAGUCUCAGCUAUUGAUCAAUCACGACGCAUUCUUGCGACAUCAGAAGCGACAAGUUUUACUGUUCAUUGCCAAGUGCCUAAUAGCUCACCUCAAGAUUUACGAUUGGAAAAUGUAGCGGAAGGAAUUCAACUUACCUGGAAUUGGUCAGAUGAAGAGAAUCAUGAAUGUGAAUCAUAUUUUCUAAUAACAGGAUACCAAAAUGGUGUACCAUUUUCGGAACGAGUUACGGGUAGGCAGCGUCAAUUUACUUUCCGGAAUACAAACGCUAACGAAUGGCAUGUGGAAAUGCGUGCUGGAAAUCGUGCCGGAACUGGACCCAGUAGUGGUCCUGUAAAUUUGCAAAGUAAUUCAAAAGAGCUUAUUUCGGAUCUACGGGUAUUAGCACAUGAUGGUGAUUUAUCUGUUGAAUGGAAUAGUGAAAGAACCAGCCAUGGUAUUUUUGGGUAUCGUAUACAGUAUCGAACAGAUAAUACCGGUUGGACAUCUUAUGGUCAAAUUGUACCAUAUGUGGGUGAUAAUAAACGUUAUAUGCAACAACUAACAGGUUUACAGCAAGGUAGCAUGUAUUACAUACAUAUUCAAGUACUUGAUAGAAAUUCUUAUGUUAUGUAUACUAGUCCGGAAGUAUCAGCAAGAACUGUUUGUUCCGCACCAACGCAUCCUCCAUCACAUCUACAACUUCACGCUGCUGACCCACGUCAUAUCCGAGUUAGUUGGGCGCAACCACCUCAAAGCACCUGGCAAUGUAAUGAUAUACAGGUGGAACUUGAGAUAACAGAACCGCAAGGUAUUGCACCGGUGCUUCUGAACGGAUAUCAGACGUCUCACGUGUUUGAUUCGGAUGCAAAUCAGCAAUGGUCUGUUCGAAUCCGUACAAAAAAUUCAGCUGGCACAUCAGCAUGGUCACAAAUUGCUUCUGUUCGAACGCCACUUACCGGUGAGCUAAUCAUUGGACCAUCAGUAAGCUAUCGACACGGAAUUCCGGUGCUUACGUGGACGAGCAAAGAGCGAUUAGAUGAUCUCAUCCGAACCUAUCAAAUUGAAUAUCGAACUUCGGUUGACUCAACCUGGCAAAGGCUACCUGAGCAGGUGCCAUACACAGGUUGGCAACGACCUUACAGUAUCGAUCUCAGUGAGCUACCUACUGGUCAUAACUAUCAAAUUCGAAUUCAUGCAAUUGAUGCUAAUAAUGGUGUUGCUUAUACCUCAUCAGCAGUUAAUGUGCAAACUCAGGUGAAAUGUUCGGUACCACGUCGUGCACCACUUGACGUACAAGCUACCUCACUUGGACCUACACAAAUUCGUGUAUCCUGGAAGGAAUUACAUGAGUCAGAGUGGAACUGCAAUCGAUUGUGGUAUGUGGUUAAAUAUAGCACUCCACAUAAUCAAGGUUUCAAAAAUUUAACACGUGGUGAAAAUCAUGUAAUUUUUGAUUCGGAACCAUAUACACGAUGGACUUUUGAAGUACAAGCUGCUAAUCCGGCAGGAGAAACACAUUGGUCACGUCCGGUUACUGUACAAACUGAAGGAACCGCACCUGGACCAAUUUCUGAUUUACGAAUUUAUCCACAAUCAUCGGAUACACUUCAACUUUCCUGGAGACAACCUCAAAAUCCCUAUGGGCAAAUUACAGGUUAUGAAGUGACCUAUCAGUUGUUAUCAAAAGGUAUGUGUGACCAAGUGACAGAACGACCAAUAACAGUGACAAGUGAUAAGCCUUCAUUUACCCUUCAAGGUCUACUGCCACAUUCGAAAUAUCGUAUUUCUGUUGCUGCAAAAACAAAUAUUGCUGGAAAACCUGUAAGUCAGGAAGUGCAAACUCACGAGGCUACACCUAGUGGUGCCCCAGUGUAUAUUCGUAUAAUAAAUGUACUACCUACUGAAGUAGCUGUGAUUUGGCAAGCACCUGCAUGUUUGCAAACAAAUGGUGAAAUAACAGAAUAUGAAUUUGAAGCAACACCUUUGGAACGGCUUGAUUAUGGAGCUGAUAGUACAGUUAGACAGGUUGUCAGAGGUACCAGAACCAAAAUCACUGGUCUUUCCCCAUACACAAAAUAUUUGGUACGGAUACGAGCAUUUACACGAAAAGGACCAGGACCAUGGUCGGAACCGGUUCAGUUUCAGACUGCUGCUGCACCUGAAAUUCCAGCACCACCGAUGGUUCGAAUUCUAAAUACUGGAGUGGAUAAUGCAGAUUUGAUUUGGCAAGAACCCUAUCCAUCAUCCGGUUUAAUCGACAAAUAUAAAUGUAAAUAUGCAGUAGCAGGUACCAAGCAAUAUCAAGAACGACAAUUUCCCUCAUAUAAUCCAUGUGGUGAAGAAGUGAUUCGUAUGCAGCAAUUGUCACCAUUGUCACCAACACCAAGCGGAGCAAAAUUACACUGUGGUAGAAUUGAUGGUCUACAGCCUGAAAAGCAAUAUACUUUUAUGGUAUCAGCUGGUGAUCGCAGUGGUACCUGGUCACCAUGGAGUGAGCCACAAGUUGGUCAUAUUAGUGAAGGACCUGUUCAGGUUAUUUCACUGAAUAAAUUAGGUGGAGGAACGAAUAGUGUCUUAAUUGCAUGGAAUGUUCGUCCCACUGAUGCAGCUCGUGUUGUUGGCUAUCGAAUUCAUGUGACACCGGUGCUACAGCAUGGUGCUAAACCGAUAUCAUUUACGGUAGAUCGAUCAACACUGCAGUACAAUAUUGAUAAUUUAUCACCUAACACACGUUAUAAUAUAACUGUAGACGCAACUACUGAUGGUAUUCAUUAUCAUCCUGGUACAGCGAUUGAGGUACGUACCGAUUCAGUACCAGUGGACAGUUUAAUGGUUACUCCACGAGUAAUUGAAGAACAAGCAACCUCAGUAACUUUGGAAUGGAAUGCACCAGGUGGUAAUGUAAGCGGAUUCGUGAUCGAAUAUUGUCUUGGUGAUGGUGUAUGGCAGCAAUACAGUCGACGAAUUCCGGCAUAUCCUGGACGUCGUGUCUACACCGCUCAGGUUGAUCAGCUUCCAACAAACAGCGUAGUGGAUCUUCGCGUACGUGUCGUAUCACCUCAAAAUGAACAAUCUGCUCCAAGUCCAGAAGUUCGAGCUCGUACUCGAUGUUCAGCACCACCUGCACCACCACAGGCUAUUCGUCUGGAUGCACCAUCCACCAAUGAAGUUCGGGUUUCAUGGGCUCAACCGGCCAAAGAUACAUGGCAAUGUGAUCAACUAAACUAUGAUCUUGCUUAUCGGGUAGGUGGACAAGCAGAACGUGUUGUACCAGUGCCAGGAGACAGAACCGAUUAUACUUUUCCUUCAGAAGCCAAUACUCGCUGGGCUGUUAAAUUAAGGUGCACCAAUCAGGUAGGAUCAAGUCCAUGGAGUUCAGAACAAGUAAUAACUACUCGGCAAGGAACCCCAGGUCCGGUUCGAGAUUUACGUUUGCGUGCUAAAAGUCCUAAUGAAGUACAUGUGCAAUGGCUUGCACCAUUGGUACAACGUGGUUCUAUUGUUGGCUACGAUAUUAGUUAUCGGUUGAAACAUCGAUUAGCUUGUCCGGAUGAGGAACCACGUGACGUCAGUCGUGAUUUCGUGACUGUCUAUAAUCAUAAAGAUUUGGAAUAUACAUUGACUGGAUUGCUACCUUUUUCUUUAUACGAAGUACGAGUACGUGCACGUACCACGGAAUUAGGGCCAGAAGAAUCAAAAGAUAUUGCAACAGAACAACAACCACCAAGUGCACCACCACUAAAUUUACAACUAAGUUAUGCUCUGGAACGUUCUAUCAGUUUUCAAUGGGAGGAAAUAGAAUGUUCACAACGUCAUGGACAUAUUGUCAACUAUGAAUAUGAGAUAUUGGGACAAGAUGAUUGGGCAAAAUUAGAACGUCAGAUUGCGAAUACAACCAAUACUAAAAUAAAUAUUGAAGGUUUGACACCAUUCACCAAGUAUAUUAUGCGUGUGAAAGCUUACAAUAGUAUUGGUGGUGGUCCAAAUACCGAGAAUUUGGAUGCAAUGACGGCAAAAGCGGACGCACCAUUACCACCACAGGAUUUAGUAGUAGCUCAAGAAGGUACUGAUUACUUCAUGAUUUCCUGGCUACCACCUUAUCCACCAUAUGGACCACAUGAUAAAUAUAAAAUUCGAUAUCAAGUACUGAAUGAAACUCGUUGGAUGGAAAUUGAAAAAGAUACCAAAGAUCGAUUAUUGAAAUGUCCAGCUGAAAGUCCUCGACAUUGUUUCAAUGUUACAAAUUUGGAAAGUGGACGUCAAUUUCGAGUUCAAGUUGCAGCUCAUAUUGUUGGUGGUUCGUAUGGUCCGUGGAGUACGGUGACUAUUGCGAACACGUUACAAACUUUACCUGAUGCUCCACGUGCUAUAGAGUUAAUCAAGAAAACUGAUCAUUUACUUCACAUUCGUUGGAUACCACCGCCCGAUCCUUUGGGACAAAUAACACAGUAUAAAGUUGGAAUUGUUUCGUUAGAUGAUCCGCACGAUCAAUUAAAAACAUUCCUUGUAGAUCAUCCAACAUUGCAACAUCUUUUGAAUAAUCUUCAACCUGAAACUUCUUAUAAUAUCAGUAUUUCCGCCGGUACCAAACGUGGUUUUGGUCCACUUUCUUGGACACGUUAUUCCACGGAUCCAUUCAAGGUACCACCAAUAGCAAAUGCACCACAAGUUACAGCAGAUGGAGCUGAUGCAUUGAAUGUUCAAUGGAGUGGUAUUUUGGAUACGAAGAAUCAAGUCCAUGGAUAUAUCAUAGAAUUUCGUUCCAGUGAUAAUCCAACAUUUACGGAAUACGAUGGAAUCAUUGAACAUGACGCAAACCGACGUAAUUACCAACAGCGUUUAUCCUUACUGGAUGCUGAUACAUUAUAUUUCGUUCGUAUCAAAGUUGUUGAUCAGAAGCAACGCGUUAGUGAAGCAAGUCCGGAAGGAAGUGCACGAACCGGUUGUGCAUUACCUCUUGCACCACCAUCAAAUGUAAAUGCUUCUGCACCAUCGCCUUAUCAGGUGCGUAUCAGCUGGCAACCACCUAGUCAAUCCUCAUGGCAAUGCUCAAAUAUCAAAUAUAGACUGGAAUACACCAAUGGUUCAUCAUCCCCCGAGGAAAUUGAUGUACCCAGCGGUAUAACUGAUCGAGUGCUGGACGCUUCACCGAACACAUUGUGGCGAUUGCGGGUUCGGGUUGAAAAUGAAGCUGGUGCUUCAGAUUGGAGCAAGGAAGUGACCAUUACAACCGCUGAAGGUGCACCAAGUACAGUAGAAGAUCUUGAUGCUCGUCCAUAUGGACCGGAAGCUGCAUCAAUAACGUGGCGACCACCUGCACAACCUAAUGGACAAAUUACCGGUUAUACCUUAGUAUAUAAGCUUAAAUCCCGCGGUGAAUGUGGUCCACGUUCUUCACAACCAAUUACUCGAAAUACUAAGGAAGAAGAAAUUACAUUGGAAGGAUUAUUACCUGAUUCCACUUAUGAAAUACACGUAACAGCACAUACCUCUGAACCUGGACCUCAAUCAAAUAUUAUCACUGUUACAACUGAUGAAGCUCCUCCUACCGGAGCUCCGUUAAAUCCACGUGUAAGUUCGAUAACGCAAACACGAAGCGAUUUCCUGUGGAACGAACCGGAUUGCGAGCUCCGUAACGGCAAAAUAACAGGUUAUGAAUGGCAACUAGAAAGCCUGGAUCCCUGGAGUGAAAGUAAAACUGGUCAAAGUACCACACAACGAAUAUCCUUCGAUGAUUUGAUACCGUAUACUCAGUAUCGUUUGCGAGUUUUAGCGGAGAAUUCAGCUGGACAAGGACCGUGGUCAGAAUGGGUUUCAUUUAGGACGCAACCUGCCGCACCACCGGCACCAACAGAUUUAACCGAGGAGCAAUCAUUCCCACAUGCCAUCGAGAUUUCAUUCCUGCCACCAUCACCGCCUCAUGGUGUUAUUAAUGAAUAUCGAAUAAGACAUACACCAUCUGGCCAAAUGAAUUACAAAGAAGUUCGUGUGCUUGCAAAUCGAUUGCAAUGCUCGGAUAUAUCGAAACGUGAUCGGUUAUGUUAUCGAGUGGUAGAUUUGGAACCGGAACAGGAGUAUGAAAUUCAGGCAUCAGCCCAUACUGAAGGUGGUGCUUGGAGUGAUUGGAGUGAACCGUUAGGUGCUCAAACACAUGAACAAAAUAUACCGGUAUUAGAACGUGAGCUAGAAGUAGUGGACAGCAAACCAAAUAGUAUAACAUUACGAUGGCAAGGAUUGGAUGCCGAUCAGUCAAAACAUGUUGUUGGCUACAUUCUGGAAUAUAAAUCGGAAGAUGAUGAUUGGAAGGAAUAUGAUGGUAUCACAAAACAUCGUAGUCGCCAGAAUGAUUAUCGUAUUCAGGUUAAAGAUUUGGAACCUUCAACGGAGUAUUUCUUCCGGUUGAAAGUUGUUGGUAAAAAUGAAAAACGUGGUUCUUCAGGACCCGAAUUAAGAGCGAUGACAAAAUGCGGACGACCCGAGGAACCGCCAACUGAUCUACAAUUAACAUCUGAUUUCGAAAAUGUUAAACUCACCUGGACGAGUCCGGACAAAGACUCUUGGGCAUGUGAUAAUGUUGAAUAUGUAAUUGAUUUCGUCAACACCACGUCACGUGGUAUAAUGACAGUACCAGCGGAUGCACCACCUAAACUCUUGUUGCCAUCACUUCCUGGUACCAAAUGGGAGAUUCGAAUGCGUACACAGACGAUUGAGGAAGGUCAGAAACCGUCGUACAGUCCAUGGAGCGAUCGUGCAACCUUGGUCACUCAAGCUCUUCCCGGAGAACUAUUCCUUACAGUUGAACCAAAGACACCUACUUCAGCAAUGGUUAUUUGGGAUCUAGCUGACCAGGACCGGAAAUGGAACUACGGCGUAGAUAUUACUUAUCGCCUGAAACAAUUAGGUGGUUGCAUCGAAUCACGGAGUGGUAGUCAUGAACCGGUGACAAAUUACAAUGUACAGGAUAAACAAAUUUUGCUUCAUGAUCUGACACCUGGUUCAGAGUAUGAAGUGGUUGUUACUCCUCGACGUCCACCAACGUUACGAUCAUCUAUCGCAACGCCAAAAACAAUACGUCGCUUCAGGACUAAGGCUACCUUUCCAUCUGGUCCGCCACGUAAUUUGCGUGGUGAAGGUCGUCGUGAUACUGAAAUUUUCUUCAAAUGGGAACCACCGGUGUGUGAGGAACAAAAUGGCAAAAUAACACAAUAUGAAUAUGAGGUAACAGGUGCUGAGGAAUGGAAUGAUAUGAAACGUGAAGGUGUAACACCACGUACCAAUGCUGCAGUGGAUCAGAUGAGCCCUGGCUCCACGUAUAAUAUACGUGUGCGAGCAUAUACCAGUGAAGGACCAGGACCAUGGUCAGAACCAAUUCAGAUUACCACUACAGGUACCGAACUGGGACCACCUCGAGAGCUUACUGCAGUGCAUACAAAACCUAAAAUUAUUCAACUAACUUGGCUUCCACCGUAUCCAGAACGAGCACCAGUAGUUGUUUAUAAAAUUAGGUACAGCCCGCGUGCCGAUGAUUCUAAUCCAGUGGAGAUGGAACUUUCCGGUGAUCAGUUGAGCUGUACUGGAUACAAAAGUCCUCUUAUUACUAAUGAUAAUAUAUGUGCAACAAUAAAGUCACUCCAACCGGACACUACCUACCGGUUUGCUGUUCAGGCUCAAUCACCGACUGGUAGUUGGGGUGAAUGGUCACCAGCAUAUUUUGCAACCACACGUUCCACUGAAGAUGGUCCAAUACCUGGAAAAUUACGAUUGGUAUCUGCAGGACACGAUAACCUUCGUGUGAACUGGACAGCACCGCCAGCUGUUAAAAAUGUUGUGGAUCAAUAUUUGGUUAGCAUAUCAUUAGCAAGUUCUUUCGAUAAACAUCCAAAACAGUUUACUAUACGUGGUGAACAAAAUGAUUAUCAUUUUCGUGGUUUAGAACCAGCAACACAUUAUAAUAUUACAAUACAAGGCUUAUCAGAAAGCAAACGAAUGUGGUUCAUAACGGAAGUUUUUUCAACUACCGAUUAUGGAACUGGUUUACUUUCCUGGCUACCACCGCCAACAGAUUUGAAAUUGCUAGAAAAAUCAGAUCGUUUUUUGCAUGUAGCAUGGAGUCCACCGGAAAUUUUUGAUCCAGCUUAUAAAGAUUUGAUUACUCAUUACUUGGUAACAAUAGCACCAUUUGAUUCAUAUACCGGUAGAACUGGCCGACCACGUAACUACUCAGUACCAUAUCCUGGUACAUCGAUCAAGUUUGAUAAUUUAUCACCGAAAACAAUUUACAAUAUUACGGUACAGGCUGGUACUAACAGCGGUUAUGGUGAAAUAUUAUGGGGUACCUACAGUACUCUUGCACCAGGAGAAAAUCAUGUAUUACGAUUACUGGAUCGUACGCCGACAUCAUUGACCGUUGAAUGGGAAUCAUCAUUCCUCGGUGACAGAGGAUAUAUCCUUUCAUGGAAAAGUUUACAUUCUGCUUUCAAACAUGUUCACAUCAAUGUAAUCCGUUCAGCUGAAAUACCUGCUGGUACCACUCAAUAUACAAUCGAAAAUCUAGAACCUUCAACAGUUUACAAUGUUACUUUGAAAGCACGACCAAGUGGUAAAAUAGCAUCAGGUGCGUAUGCUACUUUACCACCAGGAUGGUUCAUGGUGCGUAAUUUGGUAUGGUGCGAUCGAACCAAUUACGCUCUGUCAUUGACCUGGGAACCAGUAAACCUAAAUAAAGCAACACACUACCAAGUGCGAUAUCUGAGACUUAAGGAACAUGAUGUUAUCUGGACAGAAGAAAAUGAAGCCAAAGCUGUAGAUCUACUUUGUCCCAAAGAUGGUUGUAAUCGACAUUGUUAUCUGGUGUUCAAUCUUAUUCACAAUCCAAAUGAAUAUGUUUUCCAAGUACGAGCUAAGGUGAACAACCAAUGGAAUCGAUGGAGAACAGCUGGGAAACCAAGCUUUCUUGAGAAAUCGGGACAGAAAAAAGGAUGUUGCAUCGUACCACCGCCAUAUAUGGUUGAAAAUAUUGGUUUAGCUGGAACAUUUUGGGAAGUGGAUAUUUCACCGGUUCAAUCGCAACCACAAAAUGUUUCGCGUUACUAUGUUGUGGUUGAUGAACGUGAACCAGCAGGUAGCACUAAUUGGACUGAACUAACUGAUAAGAUUACGGCAAAUAAAAUGAAGAUACCUUACUAUGUAGCAGCAUCUUUCAAUGCUGAUACAUUACCUGGACCACGAAAAGUUCGUAUUGGUGAUGGUUCCGUAAUUGGUGGCUACCUUAAUUAUCCACUGAUUAAGGGUAAAAAAUAUAAUUAUGAAAUUUACUCAGUCUGGGAGCUCAAUGGUAAACCAGCUGCUGUAGCACGUCAACGAGCUAGUCCGUAUGCGAUUUCCGGUUGGCCAUGGUGGUGGCUAUUACUUUUACUUCUUCUGUUACUCCUGCUCAUUCUUCUCACAUGUUGCCUACUUUGGUGUUUGCAAGGACGUUAUCGAACACGUAAAGAGCGGCGACGUGUGAUUGCGUCAAAUGGUCAAACAGUUCCAUUACUUUCCGCAGACAUCGAGAAAAAUGGAAUUGAGCAAAAUAUGCAAGCACUUUCAUCACGUGUUGAUGAUAUCCGAUCAUCACUUGAUCAAAAAGCAACAGCUCGUGGAGAUUUCGAAGAUGGUUAUGUACGGGGUUUUCGAGAUGCAAAUAAAUUAGGUACUGCAUCAGCAGCACGUCGACGAAUGGAUGAUGAUUAUGGUAGUAGAGAUGAUCGAUUUCAUGAGGGUUAUGUGAAAGGAUUAAGAGAUGCCGGAAUGACCGGAAUGAGUGCAUCAAUGCGUAAUUUGGCACAACGUGGUCAAGGAGCUGGCUAUUCUUCCGGUUAUAUGCAAGGUUUCCGAGAUGGUAACUCAGGUUUCUUUGGUGAUCGGAUAUCUAAUAGUUUAUUACGAAGGCUAGAAGAACAGUAUCCGAAUCAGGAAGAAUUUCGUACCGGCUAUAUUGAUGGAUUCAAGGAAGGUAUUGCAAGUCGAACUUCCGGACAACGAAGCUUUGAAGAAUCUCGACGUUUGCAAGAGAGUCUUACUAAACUUACUGAAAUAUUGCAAGACAAAUCGAGAGGUGGUGGUGAUGAAACGCAUACAACUAAGAUUUAUCAUGUUUAUAAUCAACAACCGGACGGUGUUGCUGUAUCAGCUUAUUCAUCUACAACCGGUCGUCAACUGGAGCAAGAAUUAGAGGAGCUUACAUCUUCUUCGAGAAGAUCAACCCUUAGGAGACAUUAUACACCAGGUGAUUAUUUGAAAUAUGGUAGUGAAGCCGAGGCAUAUGGUAGCUUAGCAAGAAAUCGACGCUCACUUUCUGCAUCAGCACUUGGUCGAGAGCUUGCUAGAGAACAGUCAGAACGUGCUCGUCUGUAUUCCGGUACCGGAACAUCAUAUAUCAGUCGUGCAUCAGCUGCCGAAAGACCCCUUACUGAUACAUAUUCACGUCGCUACACGUAUCGUAGUCGUAGCGAUAUGGGUAGUCCACGUCAUUAUGCAUCGCAAACAUUACUGGACGGAACUCGUCCAGGACCUUCAACACCUCACACACGUCGUGAUGCACUGCACACUUUACAACGUGAACUUGAUACACUAUCACGCUCACCGGAUCAGUUAACAGCGCGUGGCUAUAGCUCCGACACCGGGUACAUGAACGAUACAAUGCGAUCACGUACCCGUGCAUACUCAAAUUAUGACUAUGAUACAUAUCGAACAUCGAAGAGUGAAAUGAGAAGUGCCGAAGCAUCUGGCGGUGUCAUUGGUUCAAGUAGUGGUGCCUCAGCAGGUGUUGGUUAUGGUCCAAGAGCCACCGCUUCUACCUCAUUCAGUACUCGUAGAGGAGAAAAUGAGAGAGGAGCUGGUAGUGGAAGGACAACAGCUUUCUCAUCGCAUAAUUGGCCCGAUGAUUUAAUUGAUAUUGUCAACGAACCGAUGGGACAGACAUUGGAUCGAAUGAAAAAAUACAGUAACUCGUUGUCACAGGUUGACAGAGAUGGAACAGAAGAAGGUGGUCCAAUUCGAGAAAGAGUAGAAGAGCGAUAUCAGCGCUCAUACAAAGAAGAAUAUACAACUGGAAGACGAUAA